GCGGCGGUGGCUGUGGCUGCUCCUCCGACAUGAGGCAGCGGUACCAAGGGGCUCGGCGGUGGCCGCAGCCGCGGCGGCAUCUCUAGCUCGGGAGGCUGCCCCCGGGCGUGGGCGGGCGUCCCGGGCCGGCGUCGCGGGAGCGGGCUCUGCGGCAGCGCCGCGCACGGGCCGCCGGCUGAGGGGCCAGCGCCCUACGCUUGGCGGCUCCGGGGCCCGAGGCAUCCCCGCCCGUUGGGUCGGCCCCAGCAGCCGGGAGAGGGCGGGCGGGGCUGGGAGCAGGCCCCGCUAGAAGGGCCGCGCCGACGGGGGUGGCCGCAGCGCCGCGGGCUCCGCAAACUCGCUGCCCGCCUCCCGCGGGGCCGCUGAGCGCGGGGCGGGACUGAGGGGUCCGGCCGGCGGCCUGACGCAGUGGAGGCGCCGCGCUCUGCGCAGCAUGAGGGGCCCGCCGCCGUCGCCGCCGCCGCCGCCGGGAAAGCCGCGUUUACCAGAGCCGCGGGCGGCGUGAGAGUGUUCGGGGCCGGACUCCCCUCCGCCGCCGCGGCGGGCGCUGCAGGCGAGUGUGCACGAGGGUACCGGUGACCCCUGCUGGGGAAGGCUCCGAGCGCGCGGCAACAUGGCUUCCCCGCCCCACCAGCAACUGCUGCAGCACCACAGCACCGAGGUGAGUUGUGACUCCAGCGGAGACAGCAACAGCGUGAGGGUCAAAAUCAACCCCAAGCAGCUGUCGUCCAAUAGCCACCCCAAACACUGCAAGUACAGCAUCUCUUCUAGCUGUAGCAGCUCGGGGGACUCAGGGGCUGUCCCCCGGAGAGUAGGCGCCGGAGGUCGCCUGCGCAGGCAGAAGAAGUUGCCCCAGCUGUUCGAGAGGGCCUCCAGCCGGUGGUGGGACCCCAAGUUCGACUCGGUGAACCUGGAGGAGGCUUGCCUGGAGCGCUGCUUCCCGCAGACCCAGCGCCGCUUCCGGUACGCCCUCUUCUACAUUGGCUUCGCAUGCCUGCUCUGGAGCAUCUAUUUUGGGGUCCACAUGAGAUCCAAACUGAUUGUCAUGGCAGCCCCUGCUCUGUGCUUCCUCGUGGUGUGUGUGGGUUUUUUCCUGUUUACCUUCACCAAGCUGUAUGCCCGACAUUACGUGUGGACCUCGCUGGUUCUCACCCUUCUGGUGUUCGCCCUGACCCUGGCUGCCCAGUUUCAGGUUCUGACGCCUGUCUCAGGACGUGUUGACAGCUCCAAUCAUACUCCGGCAGCCAAGCCUACAGACACUUGCUUAUCCCAAGUGGGGAGCUUUUCCAUGUGCAUCGAAGUGCUCUUUUUGCUCUACACCGUCAUGCACUUACCUUUGUACUUGAGCUUGUUUUUGGGAGUGGCCUAUUCUGUUCUUUUUGAGACCUUUGGUUAUCAUUUCCGGGAUGAGAACUGCUUCCCCUCACCUGGAGCAGGGCCCCCGCACUGGGAGCUGCUGAGCCGAGCCCUGCUCCACAUCUGCAUUCAUGCCAUUGGGAUCCACCUAUUCAUCAUGUCCCAGGUGAGAUCCAGGAGCACCUUCCUCAAGGUGGGACAGUCAAUUAUGCAUGGAAAGGAUCUGGAAGUGGAAAAAGCCCUGAAAGAGAGGAUGAUUCAUUCUGUGAUGCCAAGAAUCAUAGCUGAUGACUUGAUGAAACAGGGGGAUGAGGAGAGUGAGAAUUCUGUGAAAAGGCAUGCUACCUCCAGCCCCAAAAACAGGAAGAAAAAGUCUUCCAUACAGAAAGCCCCUAUAGCAUUCCGCCCGUUUAAGAUGCAGCAGAUUGAAGAGGUCAGUAUUUUAUUUGCAGACAUUGUGGGCUUCACCAAGAUGAGUGCCAACAAGUCCGCUCAUGCCCUGGUGGGUCUCCUCAAUGAUCUGUUCGGUCGCUUUGACCGGUUGUGUGAAGAGACCAAGUGUGAGAAAAUCAGCACCCUGGGAGACUGCUACUACUGUGUGGCAGGGUGCCCUGAGCCCCGGGCCGACCAUGCCUAUUGCUGCAUUGAAAUGGGCUUGGGCAUGAUAAGAGCCAUUGAGCACUUCUGCCAGGAGAAGAAAGAGAUGGUGAACAUGCGUGUUGGGGUUCACACAGGGACUGUCUUGUGUGGCAUCUUGGGCAUGAGGCGGUUUAAAUUUGAUGUGUGGUCCAAUGAUGUGAACCUGGCCAAUCUCAUGGAGCAGCUGGGAGUGGCUGGCAAAGUUCAUAUUUCUGAGGCCACUGCAAAAUAUCUAGAUGAUCGGUACGAAAUGGAAGAUGGGAGAGUUACUGAACGCCUCGGCCCGAGCGUUGUUGUUGACCAGUUGAAAGGUUUGAAGACAUACCUGAUAGCGGGUCAGAGAGCGAAGGAGUCUCAUUGCAGCUGUUCAGAGGCCUUGCUUUCUGGCUUUGAGGUCAUUGACGGCUCCCGGGUGUCCUCAGGCCCUAGGGGACAGGGGACAGCAUCGCCAGGGAGUGUCAGUGACUUGGCGCAGACUGUCAAAACCUUUGAUAACCUUAAGACCUGCCCUUCGUGCGGAAUCACGUUUGCUCCCAAAUCGGAAGCUGGCACAGAAGGAGGAGCAGUGCAAAACGGCUGUCAAGAGGAGCAUAAAAAUAACACCAAGGCUUCUGGAGGACCUCAUGCCAAAGCGCAAAAUGGACUUCUGAGCCCUCCCCAAGAGGAGAAGCUCACCAACAGCCAGACCUCCCUGUGUGAGAUCCUACAGGAAAAGGGAAGGUGGGCAGGUGUCAGCUUGGACCAGUCUGCUCUCCUUCCACUGAGGUUCAAGAACAUCCGGGAGAAAACGGACGCCCACUUCGUUGAUGUUAUCAAAGAAGACAGCCUGAUGAAAGAUUAUUUUUUUAAGCCACCCAUUAAUCAGUUCAGCUUGAACUUCCUGGAUCAGGAACUCGAACAAGCCUACAGGACCAGCUAUCAAGAAGAGGUUAUGAAGAAUUCUCCUGUAAAGACUUUUGCCAGUGCUACCUUUAGCUCCCUCCUGGAUGUGUUUCUGUCGACAACAGUGUUUCUGAUUCUCUCCAUCACCUGCUUCCUGAAAUACGGGGCUGCCGCCACGCCUCCCCCGCCCGCCGCACUGGCUGUCUUCAGCGCGGCUCUGCUGCUGGAGGUGCUGUCUCUGGUGGUCUCUGUCAGGAUGGUGUUUUUCCUGGAGGAUGUGAUGACGUGCACCAAGCGCCUGCUGGAGUGGAUAGCCGGCUGGCUCCCACGCCACUUCAUCGGGGCCAUCCUGAUAUCACUGCCCGCUCUCGCAGUCUAUUCACACAUCACCUCGGAAUUUGAGACAAACAUACAUUUCACGGUGUUCACGGGCUCGGCUGUCCUGAUCGCCGUCGUACACUACUGUAACUUCUGCCAGCUCAGCUCCUGGAUGCGGUCUUCCUUAGCCACUGUCGUUGGGGCCGGGCCCCUGUUUCUGCUCUACGUCUCACUGUGCCCCGACAGUUCCAUAGUAAUGUCACACCUUGACGCAGCACAGAAUUUCAGUUCCGAGAGGCAUCCAUGCAAUAGUUCACUGCUGCAUGAGAGCAAGAAACCAGCCAGCCUGAUUGGCCAGGAGGUGAUUCUUGUCUUCUUUCUCCUGCUAUUGUUGGUCUGGUUCCUGAACCGAGAAUUUGAAGUCAGCUACCGCCUUCACUACCACGGGGACGUGGAGGCGGACCUGCACCGCACGAAGAUCCAGAGUAUGAGGGACCAGGCUGACUGGCUGCUGAGGAAUAUCAUCCCCUACCACGUGGCCGAGCAGCUGAAGGUGUCCCAGACCUACUCCAAGAACCACGACAGUGGGGGCGUCAUCUUCGCCAGCAUUGUCAACUUCAGCGAGUUCUACGAGGAGAACUACGAGGGCGGCAAGGAGUGCUACCGGGUCCUCAACGAGCUGAUCGGGGACUUUGACGAGCUCCUGAGCAAGCCAGACUACAGCAGCAUUGAGAAGAUCAAGACCAUUGGCGCCACGUACAUGGCGGCGUCGGGGCUGAACGCCACCCAGUGCCAGGACGGCAGCCACCCGCAGGAGCACCUGCAGAUCCUGUUCGAGUUUGCCAAGGAGAUGAUGCGUGUGGUGGACGACUUCAACAACAACAUGCUGUGGUUCAACUUCAAGCUCCGAGUGGGCUUCAACCAUGGGCCCCUGACGGCGGGGGUCAUCGGCACCACCAAGCUGCUGUACGACAUCUGGGGGGACACCGUCAACAUUGCCAGCAGGAUGGACACCACGGGGGUGGAGUGUCGCAUCCAGGUGAGUGAAGAGAGCUACCGCGUCCUCAGCAAGAUGGGCUACGACUUUGACUACAGGGGCACGGUGAACGUCAAGGGCAAAGGGCAGAUGAAGACCUACCUUUACCCAAAGUGCACGGACAACGGGGUCGUGCCGCAGCACCAGCUGUCUAUCUCCCCAGACAUCCGGGUCCAGGUGGACGGCAGCAUUGGACGCUCUCCCACGGACGAGAUUGCCAACCUGGUGCCUUCUGUCCAGAACGCGGACAAGACAUCUCUGGGUUCUGAGAACAAUGCACAGGCCAAGGACACUCACGUGUCUUCAAAGAGACUGUGGAAAGAGCCUGUCAAAGCCGAAGAACGAUGUCGAUUUGGCAAAGCCAUAGAGAAAAGCGACUGUGAAGAAAUGGGGAUGGAAGAAGCCAAUGAACUCACCAAGCUCAAUGUCUCAAAGAGUAUGUGACACAGUGCCCGAAUGCUGCCCGCGGUGCUCUGCUCCUCGCAACACAAUAAUAUUUGUAUUUGGCUGUUAUGCGUUCCAGGCACCACAGUUUCCGUCCCUGGAUGUGGUGUCAUGUGGUCAUUGCAGCCCUAACUUCUGUGUGGAUCACAGUUAUUCAGGGUUCAUUUUCAUCCAUUGCUUUCCUUUUUCUCCCCCCUGGAACCAACCCUCUCCCCUUGGUAUAACCGUUUAGCAGCGUGGAGAACAAGUGCCUUCAGGGGCUGGCCAUGGCUUUGGAGUCUAGGGACAGAGGCCGCAGGUGGAGAUCAUGGCAUCGGGUGUCGUUGGACUUUGAAAACAAAAACUGUGGUUAAGAUAUCAUUUUUAUUGCUUUUUCUCACAAGACACUUUUUUUUGCUAAUACAAUGUUUCUGGGGUUUGUUUUUUUCUAUAUACAUAGUAGAGUUUUCCAAUGACCUGACCUUUCUAUGUAAACACAUACACGCACACACACUUGCUUUAUGAAUCUGAGAUCAAGUGCCAGUAACUCCCUGAGAGAGGGUGUCAAGUGGGGGUGUGGGCUGAGAACAGCGGUCAGCGGUCAGCCAGGACGGCCUGGUGCCCCUCCCUCCCUGCGCCUUCCAGAGCACCGGGGCCCUUGUGGGCUAUGGGUGCCCCACUCCCCACGUGUCCACACACAGGCCAGGAUUACAAAUGCUAACCAGUAACUAAGCUUGUGAACCCAGGCCUCAGGGAUUUAAAAGCUGUUUUCAGUCUGCCCCUGUGCCAAGGGGUCUUCCAGCUGGGAGCGAGGGGUUUGGCUUUGAGUCUGACUCGUCUGAGAGGGAAAUGAAAAUAAACAUCUGAGG